CCGAGUCUGUAUCAAAGACUAAACAGUUAACAUGGAAACGCUCAGCUAGCUUGUCCUGCAACGGCUUUGUUUUGGUUCAAGAACAUCACAUUUUACCCAAUAUUUCCACAAGUACUCAGAUAAAUAAGAUGGCAGGGGAGGAGGACAAUGGUCAGAAUGGAUUCAUCAUCGAUUCUGCCAGACUCUCUACGGAUGGCACAACAGAGGAGGAUGACGAAGAGGAAGGCAACCAAGGGGUCGCUAAGAGUUUCAGUUCUCACAGCAAAGAAGUGGAGAUGAUCCUCAAGUCGGCCAAGGUGGUUCAGGCCAUCGCGGUGGAUCUCAGUAAGAAGGGACUGGUCAAGAUUCCAGAGGAGCUCUACGGCAUGGACCAUGUUGAGUUCUUGUACUUAGAGGGGAACCUUUUGCAAAAAAUUCCUUCACAACUGUUUGAGGAUGUCAUGAAUGUCAAAUGGCUCGAUCUCAGGAAUAACAACAUACAUCACCUUCCAGCAGAAAUAGGUUAUCAUCGGUGUUUGAAGACUCUUUUACUGGAAGGGAAUCAAAUAUCAGAGCUUCCUCCAGAAAUGGGUCAACUGAGAACUCUGACUGGUCUAAAUCUUCGAGGUAACCCCAUCGAGUUCCCACCGCUGAAGGUCAUAGAGAAAGGAGUGAAGGAGAUACUGCGUUACCUGAGGGAGGCAAUGGCUAUCAGGAGUCGAAGGCUCCAGUCAGCCGAACUCCGAAUCGAGGACCUGAACCUCAGCGACGCAGCUUCCCACUCCUCGGGGAGUGAAAACGAAUACAACCCCAAGACCCGGCUCGACCCCACUGACCGUCUCAAUCACAUCCAGUCGUCCAGUAGACUGUCCGUCCGGUCAAGCAUGAGUAACAUGUCGGACCUCGAGUUUCCCAGGCCCAAGUCCGUCUCGCUGCACAAGCACAUGGCGUACGAGGAGUACAGGCAGCUUCAGCAUCAGAAAUUCAAGAGAGCGGGGGCACUUGGUGUCCUUGGAAAAGACAACAUGAGACAGGUUUCAUCUGGAAGAAGAAGGAAGAGAAAGCAGAAGAUGAAGAAGAAUCGUUCUCCUCCCAUCGAUCCCGUCCAAACCAAGAUGGCCGAGGAGAGACGGCUGGCUAAGUUGGCUCAGCUCAAACAGAAACAACUUGUGAUGGAACAAAAGAGAAAGGACACGCAGCUCUUGGAGGAUUGGAGGCAGGAGACGAGGGACAUGCAGAGGAAGCAUUACAUCAGGGCAGUCAAGAACGCUCAGCAAGGUUUUGUUGUUGAUCCUGACCUGAAGAUGCCAUACGACACACACCCAAAUUUCAUGAAGAUGAUGAACAGAGAAGAUAUGAUUAAGGUGGAAGUGAAGAACAAGCAUGAAGCGAUGAAGAACAUGAUAACACCUGAAGAGCAGAGAAGACUGGACGUUACCAAGAUGGAAAGAGACAGGCAGCUGAUAAGUAAGAUUAAAGAACACACCCAGAAAGUACAAGAGAGGAAAUCAAGACCGGGGGGAAACCCCCAGAUGGAAAAAGACAUGGCUCAGAAAGAUUUAGUAGAGGGCCAAAGGCUUCAACAGGCUCUCCACCAUCGCAAAGACGACCUGGAGUACCGCUUCAAGGCUUUCACGGGAGACAACGUCCCGUCGAUGUCGGUGACGAGCACUUCAGGCUACAGGCCCCAGGCAAAAUGAACCAUGAAUUUAUACUAAACCAUGCCACUAAUUAUAAAAAUAGGCUAUGAUGAAUUGCCAACAUUCAUGAUGCAAUGGCACUUUGGAUAAGACAACAUUUAGACAACCUAAAUUGCUAUAUCUGAAGAUUUCAAGGGCGUAGAAAGAUUUGAAUAGUAGAAUUUUUGCCUGUAAGUUCAGUACAUGUAACGUACAGUCUUGCAAAAGCAGAAUUUUUACAAAGAAGCAAAAGACUUUACUUUGAAUGUUAGAUCGGCCAACAAUGGUGAAAUAUAUGACUAAAAAAAUACUUGUUUUUCCAAAACAAUUACCUUUUUUUUGUUGUUUUUUUGUUGUCACAUCCCCUCCCCUUUUCCAUACAAUGUCACAGACAGAAUUGUCAAUUGAUGAUAAUUGUACUGCAUGUUAUAAUUAAUCCCUGCUCUGCAUGAAAGGCACACAUGCUCAUGUGAUAUUUGAGGUUGACUUGCUAUCAUGAAAAUUUGGUGAAUUGUUCUUGUCUUCUAAUGUUUUAGAUGGAAGGAGAAUGAUUUAGAGAAAUUAAAGUUUGUUUCCAACAUGAGCCUAUAAUUUAUAACAUUUGUUGCUUUAAAAAAAAAAUAGUAGGGGCAAAUUAGAAGGAUACACAUAAAGCCGUAAAUAUUUGGUUAUCUCUUAUAUUUUUAUCCAAUGAAAUAAAUGUUGUUUUUUUUGUUGAGUUGGUAGCUUUAGCUGCAGUGAAAUUUGAACAACAAAACUUUAAUUUAUCAAAGAAGAGUAUGACAAGCAUUGUAUUAUGUAAAGCUAUAAAAUGUAGCUUUUAUCUUUUAUCUUGCCUAAAACUGGUAGUUUUUAGAGGAUUAUUAGAAAAGCUGAUUAAAAAUUUAUAUAUACAUUAUACAAGCUCAUUAUACAGAAAUUAAAAUGUUUGCCCAAAUAGAUGUCAUUGCAAGCAAUAAUGUUGUUUUAAAAUGUUAAAUGAAAGAUGCAUAUUUUAUGGCCAAGCAGAAUUCAGGUAUGGGUUAUGUCUCGAACAUUUUGCAAGGAUAUCAGUACUUGGGUUAGGACGGCUGAAAAUAUACUUUUAAUUUGAUAUCUUUUAAAUGUCUGUAAAAUGGUUACAUAGGUCUGUUAAAACUAUUACCGGUAAACUUAAGAUGUUAUAAACUGUAAGAAUUCAACUUCCUUUUUGGAUAAAAUAAUGAAAAGUCCAGGGUAUUUGUUUGUUUAAUCAUACUAAUAUUUGGAUUGUGUGUGUGCUUUAAACCUUGAAUAGAAUACAGUAUUUUAUUUAUGAAUUGAAUUAUUUGUAAGUUAUGUUUGUGAGAAAUGAAUAGAAUUAUUAAUAGAUUAUUUGCAGGAUUGAUUGCAAAGGCAUGGAAUGAUGUGUGUCCGUUUUUUAAAUUACUCUUAUAUGUAUUUAUCUUAGAAGAAAAUAAAUCUACAGAAUUAUUUGCAAUAAUGCAGAUAUAUAGAUAGGAAUCGUCCAAAUUUUGUCAGGCAACAGAAUAUUAAAAGUAUUCAGAAACUUGCCAAGAUAGCCAGUGUCUAUUUACCAAUUAUAUAUUAUUUAUGGUUGCAGUCUGUGCUUACAAUUUGUGUGUACAAUGCAUGCUAUUUAUAUGUGGAUCAAAUGCCUUCUUCACAUAUUCGAGUAGAGAGCUAUAGGUAAUAGUAAAAUAUAAACAUUCUAGCAGUAGAAAAUAAGGUGCCGUCCAUUUUAUAAAUUGAUGAUUGUUAAUAUAUUUGUUAAUAUAUGCCAAAUGUACAAGCAAA